AUGGUUCAAGAGCAAAUGAAGCUUACCGGAACCCUUGAAGGACACACCGGAUGGGUCACUCAAAUCGCCACCUACACUCGCAACGACAAGACCACCGUCCUGUCAUCCUCCCGCGGUAAGUUUUCAAAUAAUUAAAUUUGAACGAAAGCAUAAUUUACUUGUUACAGACAAGACUAUCCUCGUCUGGGAUGUCGACAACGUUGCCCCAGUUGACGAUGGACCAAUUGGACGCCCAGUCCGCUCCCUCACCGGACAUAACCACUUCGUCUCCGACGUCGUCAUCUCUUCUGACGGACAGUUCGCCCUCUCCGGAUCCUGGGACAAGACCCUCCGCCUCUGGGACCUCAACCAGUGAGUUUUAGAAAUAAAAAAUGUAGUGGUGCAUUGGAAAUUGUCUUUUUUCAGGGGAGUCAGCACCCGCCAGUUCAUCUCGCACACCAAGGACGUUCUCUCUGUUGCCUUCUCUGCUGACAAUAGACAGAUUGUGUCUGGAUCCCGUGACAAGUCUAUCAAGCUGUGGAACACCCUGGCUCAGUGCAAGUACACCAUCACCGUAAGUUCACGCUUAAGUUCAUAUUUUUCGUGAAAUUUAUUGUACUAUUUGCAGGAGGACUGCCACACCGACUGGGUUUCGACCGUCCGUUUCUCGCCAUCCAACCGCGAUCCAGUGAUCGUUUCCGCUGGAUGGGACAAGGUCGUCAAGGUCUGGAACCUCGGAAACUGCCGCCUGAAGACCAACCACAUCGGUCACACCGGAUACGUCAACACCGUCACCGUCUCCCCAGAUGGUUCCCUCUGCGCCUCCGGAGGCAAGGACGGACAAGCCAUGCUCUGGGACCUCAACGAGGGCAAGCAUUUGUACACUCUGUCCGGAAACGACGUUAUCAACGCCAUGUCGUUCUCGCCAAACAGAUACUGGCUCUGCGCCGCUGUUGGAUCCUCCAUCAAGAUCUGGGAUCUCGAGGACAAGAAGGAGAUCGAGGAGCUCAAGCCAGAGAUUGCCUCGUCCGGAAGCGGAAGAGGAUCCAGCCCACAGUGCAUCUCUUUGGCCUGGUCUCAAGACGGACAGACCCUCUUCGCCGGAUACACCGACAACAUCAUCCGAGUGUACCAGGUCUCGAUCCGCGCGUCGAACUAA